AAAGUGCUUGAAGAUUGUAAUAAAUUCAUGCAACGUGUAAUGCCACUAGCAUGCAGUAGGGGGCAAAGGAGCUUAAGCUUCACUGAAAAGCUUGAUUCAAGCACUCCUGCAGCCAGUUCUGGUCCAGCCAACAAAUCAUCCACACCUGCAGCUUUGCUAGAGCCGCUGCAAGCCAGGGGGUGCUUGAGGGUUUGGAUUUUCUUUCACUGGUCGCUGAUUAAACCUGGUCAGUUCUUCUACUCAGAAUGGAUGAUCCCAUCCUUGUGUGAUCCAGAUUGCUGUUGCCACCAACCUGAAGACAUAUGGAACCAUAAGGACAGGAACCAUUCUGUUUAUUUCUGUUUUAGACCUUCCAUGUGUAUGGGUAAGCAUUGUUGAAAAUCAGAUAUUAGCUCAAAGGACUCUCUAUGUCCACAAAUGUAAAAGUUGAGGAACAAUUCCUUGACGUUAAUUCAGGAGCCCAUAGUAUUUGGUAAUAAAAAAGUACCUUCAUUGAGAGUUUAAAUCUUGCACAAAAACUGCACAUAGAUGUUUAUAGCUGCUGUAUUCAUAAUUGUCAAAACUUGGAAGAAACCAACAUGUCCUUCAGUAGGUGAAUGGAUAAACAAACUAUGGUACAUCCGGAUAAUGGAAUACUAUCCUGUGCUAAAAGGAAACAAACUAUCAAACUAUGCAAAGAAUGGAGGAACUUUAAAUGCAUACUACCUUCAGGCUAUCCAAAUGGGAUGCAAGGGAGUGUUGAAUAUGGCCUGGCAAUGAAAUUCCGAAGUUGAACUGGGAGAAAGGCACUUCUGCCAACUAUUAUAUGUAUCCCUUCUGGGAAUUCUGACUUGCCUCAGUGAUGGGGAUAUGACAGCGACUGGCUUGGAAAUCUGUAAGCCAAACUCUCAGAUCAUGUCACGAUCUCAGAUCAUGUCAAAGACUCAAUACACAGGAUUUUGAACUCAUCUUCAUCAUUCAUAUGAAGGAACCAAGUGAUUGAAUCCUUGGAAUUACAAUGACACUUAUCAGAAGCAUUUAUGUAUUUUGUAGUACUGUUAUGUCAGUGCUGGGCUAUGCGUCAAAGCCGCCAGAAGACAGGGAAUUGACAACCAACUGCUCCAACAUGUCCCUUAGAAAGGUUCCUGCAGACUUGACCCCAACCACAACCACACUGGAUUUAUCCUACAACCUCCUUUCUCAGCUUCAGAGUUCAGAUUUUCGUUCUGUCUCUAAACUGAAAGUUUUGAUUCUGUGCCGCAACAGAAUCCAAGAGCUGGAUAUCAAGACCUUUGAAUUCAACAGAGAGUUAAGAUAUUUAGAUUUGUCCUACAACAGAUUGAAGAUUGUAACUUGGUAUUCACUGGCAGGUCUCAGACAUUUAGAUCUUUCUUUCAAUGACUUUGACAGUGUGCCUAUCCACGAGGAGGCUGGCAACAUGUCACAUCUGGAAAUCCUGGGUUUGAGUGGGGCAAAAAUACGAAAAUCAGAUUUCCAGAAAAUUGCUCAUUUGCAUCUAAAUACAGUCUUCUUAGGAUUAAGAAGUCUUUCUUAUUAUGAAGAAGGUAGCCUGCCCAUCUUAAACACAACAAAACUUCAUAUUGUUUUACCAAUGAACACAAAUUUCUGGGUUCUUUUGCGUGAUGGAAUCAAGACUUCAAAAAUACUAGAAAUGACAAACAUAGAUGGCAAAAGCCAAUUUUCAAGUUAUGAAACUCAACAAAAUCUUACUUUAGCGAAUUCCAAGACAUCUAUUCUAUUGCUUAAUAAAGUUGAUUUACUCUGGGACGACCUUCUCCUCAUCUUCCAGUUUGUUUGGCAUACAUCAGUAGAAUGCUUCCAAGUCCAACAUGUGACUUUUGGAGGCAAGGUUUAUCUUGACCAUAAUUCAUUUGAUUACUCAAAUACUGCAAUGAGAACUAUAAAAUUGGAGCACAUACAGUUCAGAAUUUUUUAUAUUCCACAGGAAAGGGUCUACUUGCUUUUUACCAAAAUGGAUAUAGAAAACCUGACUAUAUCAGAUGCACAAAUGCCACACAUGCGGUUUCCUAAUUAUCCCACAAGAUUCAAACAUUUAAAUUUUGCUGAUAAUAUCUUAACAGAUGACCUGUUUAAGCAACCUAUCCAAUUGCCUCAUUUGAAAACUUUAAUUUUGAAGGGCAAUAAAUUGGAGACACUUUCUUUAGUGAGUUUCUUUGCCAACAACACAUCCUUGAAGCACUUAGAUCUCAGCCAGAAUCUGUUACAAUAUGAAAAUGAUGAAAAUUGCUUUUGGCCAGAAACCUUGAUCACUAUGAACCUGUCAUCCAACAAAUUUGCUGAUUCUGUUUUCAGGUGCUUGCCCAGAAGUAUUCAAAUACUUGACCUGAAUAAUAACAAGAUUCAAACUGUCCCUAAAGAGAUUAUUCAUCUGAAGUCUUUGCGAGAACUAAAUAUCGCAUUUAACUUUCUAACUGAUCUUCCUGGGUGCAGUCAUUUCAGAAAACUCUCAAUUCUGAACAUUGAAAUGAACUUAAUUCUCAGCCCAUCUCUGGAUUUUUUCCAGAGCUGUCAGGAAGUUAAGACUCUGAAUGCAGGAAGAAACCCAUUCCGGUGUACCUGUGAAUUAAGAGAUUUUAUUCAGCUGGAAAAAUAUUCACAGGGCAUGAUGAUUGGAUGGUCAGAUUCAUAUAUCUGUGAAUACCCUUUGAAUCUAAAGGGGACUCGGUUAAAAGAUGUUCAUCUUCCUGAAUUAUCUUGCAACACAGCUCUGUUGAUUGUCACCAUUGUGGUUAUCAUGCUAGUUCUGGGGACUGCUAUGGCCUUCUGCUGCCUCUACUUUGAUCUGCCCUGGUAUCUCAGGAUGCUAGGUCAGUGGACACAGACAUUGCAGAGGAUUAGGAAGACAACCCAAGAACAACUCAAGAGAAAUGUCCAGUUCUAUGUGUUUAUUUCAUACAAUAAACAUGAUUCUACCUGGGUGAAGCAUGAAUUAAUUCCCAAUCUAGAGAAUGAAGAGAACUUGAUUUGCCUUCAUGAAGGAAACUUUGAUCCUGGUAAGAGCAUUACUGAAAAUAUCACGAACUGCAUUGAGAAAAGCUGUAAGUCCAUCUUUGUUUUGUCUCCCAACUUUGUCCAGAGUGAGUGGUGCCAUUAUGAACUUUACUUUGCCCACCAAAAUCUCUUCCAUGAAAAUUCUGAUUACAUAAUUUUUAUCUUGCUAGAACCCAUUCCACUCUACUGUAUUCCUACCAGGUAUCCUAAGCUGAAAGCUCUUAUGGAAAAGAAAGCAUACUUGGAAUGGCCCAAAGACAGACGUAAAUGUGGACUUUUUUGGGCAAAACUUAGAGCUUCUAUUAAUGUUAAUUUAUUAGAAACCAGAGAGAUGUGUGAACUACAGACAUUUGUGGAGCUGAAUGAAGAGACUCAAGGUUCUGUAAUCUCUCUGAUAAGAACAGACUGCCUAUAAAAAUCCUUCCUUCCCGUAGGGAAAUGGGCCUUGCAUACACCGCGGGGAUAGAAAUUGAUACAGCCUUUAUGAUGGUUAUUUGGCAAUAUCAUUUAAAUGAAAAAUGACUACUUUUAUGUCACUUCUUCGAAGGAUUUCUAAGAAUGUAUCCUACAGAAAUACAAAUUUGCAAAGGCUUCUAUAAAACGGUGUUCAUCCCAGAAUAUUUGUAAUACUGAAAAAUUGAAAAGAGCUCAUGUUUCCACAGAAUAAAAACGAAUUCAAUAAAUUAUAGUUCAUUAAUGCGAUAAAAUGUUACACAGCCAUUAAAAAGAAUGAGGUAGUUCUAUAUUUACUGGUAUGGAGAAAAUUAUAUUAAUAUGGUGGUUUAUAUAUUGAAAUAAAAGUCUAAAUGAAUCUAUAUUCAGUA